GGGCUGUUGGAGCUGUGCGCGCUGCUGGGGGCCUCCCGGGACAGCCUCCGCGGCCUGGAGCAGGUUUCCCAGCAAAGGGGAGUUCAAAGCCUCCCCCCCCUCGACCCGGAGGUGCUGUCCGUCUUCGUGCCACCCUUCGUCAGUGAGGAGGCCGGUCAGAUGGCCGGCGCGAGCUGCGGGACUCUGAGCAGAACCAAGAGGCGCUCCUUCAGGAAGAAGAGGGAGAAGCCCAGAGCAGAGCCCUCCAAGGGCCUCCCUGGGGGCCCUCGAGGGCUGGACGCUGAAGACAUCAGUGUGCCCAACGGUGUAGACCUGCUGGCCCUGCCUCAGCUGUGCUUCCCAGGGGGCCUGUGUGUGGCCUCUGAACCAAAGGAGGACCGUGUCCACUUCCUGGUGCUGACCGACGUCUGUGGGAAUAGGACGUACGCCGUGGUUGCCCAGUACUACCGGCCGCUGCAUGAUGAGUACUGUUUCUACAAGGGCAAGUCGCACUGGGAGUCGCCUUGGCCGAGCGUGAGUGCUGCUGGCUGCUUCGUGCCCUUCGCCGUGUGCGUGGUCUCCCGGCUCCCCUACUACAGUGCCCUCAGGGACUGCCUGUCCUGUUUAUUGACUCAUCUGAAGCUCUGUAAAGAUUUUGAAGUUGACAAUCAUAUAAAAGAUUUUGCUGCAAAACUAUCUUUAAUCCCUAGCCCUCCACCUGGGCCUCUCCAUUUGAUAUUUAACAUGAAGCCACUACAGAUUGUAUUCCCUGCACGAGCGGACCCCGAGAGCCCAGUCAUCGACCUGGACCUUCAUCUGCCCCUACUGUGCUUCCAACCUGAGAAGGUGCUACAGAUCCUGACGUGCCUGCUGACAGAGCAGCGGAUCGUCUUCUUCUCAGCCAGCUGGGCCCUGCUGACGCUAAUGGCCGAGUGCUUCCUGGCCUACCUGCACCCCCUGCAGUGGCAGCACACGUUCGUGCCCAUCCUGUCGGGGCAGAUGCUGGACUUCGUCAUGGCUCCCACCUCCUUUCUCAUGGGCUGCCAUGUCAACCACUUCGAAGAAGUCAACAAGGAAGCUGACGGUUUAAUUCUGAUCAACAUCGAUAAUGGGAGCGUCACCUACUCCAGUGACGAUAGCAUGGACUUCCCCGACAUCCCUGAUGUCCCUCUUUUGGCAGCACAGGCAUUCAUCCAGAGGGUUCAGAGCCUCCAGCUGCACCACGACCUAGACCUGGCCCACCUGGGCUCCAGCACAGACCUGCACGACGGACGAGCCCGCAGGCGGGCCUGGCAGCAGAGGCUCAAUGGCCAGAUCCAGCAGCUCACCCUGCAGCUGCUCGUCAGCAUCUUCAGGGAGGUGAAGAACCACCUGAAUUACGAGCACAGAGUGUUUAACAGUGAGGAGUUUCUCAAAACGCGAGCCCCCGAGGACCAGCACUUCUACAAGCAGGUCCUGGACACCUACAUGUUUCACUCUUUCCUUAAAGCCCGGCUCAGCCGGAGGAUGGACGCCUUUGCUCAGAUGGAGCUCAGCAUGCAGUCUGAGGAAGACAGAAUAAACGAGAUGUUUCUGAGCCCAAGAAGGCCAACCAUCGAGAAAAUGGCCUCUCGCAAACCUUCACCACAGUGCGUGGCUCACCGGCGUAUGGUGGUCAGCAUGCCGAACCUGCAAGACAUCACCGCCCCCGAGCUGCCGCCCAGGAACUCCUCACUCCGGAAAGUCGACGACACAGGCUGUGGCUGCAGCAGAGCAGUUCUGAAUGUGAGCCCCAGGUCUACGUACAUGUUCAAGAUCCCGGAAAUCCACUUCCCCCUGGUGAGCCAGUGUGUGCAGACCUAUUACUCGGACUGUGUGGUCCUGCUGAGCAAAGCCAUGAGCUGCCUGGCUCCCGACAACUCCAUGCUGCUGGCCAGGUACUUGUACCUGCGGGGACUCUUCUACCUGAUGCAGGGCCAGCUACUGGACGCACUGCUGGACUUCCAGAGCCUGUACAAGACGGACCUCAGGAUCUUUCCCGCCAAGCUGGUGAGGAGCGCUGUGCAGUCCAUGCCAGGCCCCGAGCGCGCCCAGGCCGAGCGCAUGCCGGAGCUGCGCAGGCUCAUCAGCCAGGUCCUGGACAAGCCCGGGGAGAACCCCAAGGCCGACGACCACGUGAAAAACUUCGAGCUGCCAAGCCGGCACAUGCCGUUGGAUGACUUCGUGCAGAGGGUGCAGGAGUCCGGCAUCGUGAAGGACGCCAGCAUUAUCAGCCGCUUGUUUGAGGCCUUGACUGUGGGGCAGCAGAAACUGAUUGACCCAGAGACGUUCAAAGAUUUCUACACCUGCUGGAAGGAGACAGAGGCCGAAGCCCAGGAGGUCAGCCUGCCGGCGUCAGUGAUGGAGCACCUGGACAAAAAUGAGUGUGUCUACAAGCUGUCUAGCUCGGUGAAGACAAGCCGCGGCGUGGGCAAGAUCGCCAUGACCCAGAAGCGGCUGUUCCUCCUGACGGAAGGAAGGCCAGGCUAUGUGGAGAUCUCCACCUUCCGGAACAUAGAGGAAGUCAGGAGCACCACCGUAGCUUUCCUGCUUCUCCGAGUACCCACUUUAAAAAUUAAGACGGCAUCCAAGAAAGAGGUCUUUGAAGCCAACCUGAAAACAGAGUGCAACCUGUGGCACCUGAUGGUGAAGGAGAUGUGGGCCGGGAAGAAGCUGGCGGACGACCACAAGGACCCGCAGUACGUCCAGCAGGCGCUGACCCACGUCUUGCUGAUGGACGCCGUCGUGGGCGCGCUGCAGUCGCCCAGCGCCAUUGACGCCGCCUCCAAAUUGUCGUACUUCGAUAAGAUGAAGAACGAAACGCCCGCGGUCGUGCCCAAGAUGACAGCGGAGACGCUGAAGCACAAGAUCAACCCUUCGGCUGGAGAGACCUUCCCGCAGGCCGUCGACGUCCUGCUGUACACGCCAGGACAUCUUGACCCGGCGGAGAGAGUUGGAGAUGCCCACCCUAAGCUGUGGUGUGCCCUGCACGGGGGCAAAGUGAUUGUGUUUGAUGCUUCAUCUUGGAGCAUCCACCAACAUUGUGUCCGUGUGGGGUCCUCCAAGCUGAACUGCAUGGUGAUGGUGGAGCACAGCCAACUGUGGGUCGGCUCGGAGGACUCUGUCAUCUACAUCAUCAACAUCCACAGCAUGUCCUGCAACAAGCAGCUUACCGACCACCGCGCCAGCAUCACGGGCUUGGUGGUGCAGGACGGGCCGGAGGCACCCAGCCAGGUGUAUUCGUGCAGCGUGGACGGGACGGUCCUGGUGUGGAAUGUGAGCACGCUGCGGGUGACCAGCAGGUUCCAGCUGCCGAGUGGUGGCCUUUUAUCCAUCGGACUGCAUGGUGGCUGCCUGUGGUGCUGGACAGGUACCAGUAUCGUGGUGGUGAACGGCCGCCUCCAUCAGGAACUGAAGAUCCACGAGAACUUCGAGGAGAAGAGCACCUCCUUCGUGGCUUUCCAGCUCCUCCCCGAGCAGGAGCAGCUGUGGGCGGCGUGCUUAGGGUGCAACAUUUGCAUCUGGGGCCUGAAGGACCUGGCCCAGCCCCCUGGGAGGAUUCACCUGCCCGACUGCACCGAGAUCAACUGCAUGAUCAGGGUGAAGAGGCAGAUCUGGGUGGGCGGCACAGGGCUGUCUCAGGGGAAAUCCAAAGGGAAGAUCUACGUGAUCGAUGCUGAGAGGAGGACGGUGGAGAAGGAGCUGGUGGCCCAUGCGGACACCGUGAAGACCCUGUGCUCUGCAGAGGACAGAUACGUGCUGAGUGGGUCCGGCAGGGAGGAGGGGAAGAUCGCCAUCUGGAAAGUCGAGUGAACGUGGUCAGUGUGCUGAUUGGAGCUGUGCUCUGGGAGCAAGCGCCACGUGCCUUACGCCUGCUUUCCUUGCACUCCAGAGAAGGCGGGAGAUGCCAGCCUAGUAGGCGCGUCCACUGCAAGUGCCUGUUCCGCCUGUUAUGAGACCAAGGAUCAUGCACUUUCUCUCUCGGACUUUCCUGAUUACACUGUACCAACAGUGUGUCCAGUUGGGGUGCUUCUUGGGCAGGCAGCUGGAUCAACUCUGUGGUAACCUCUGCUGAGACACUCCCCCGUGUGUUGUCUAGAAAGUUCCAGAGUCCACGACCAGCACCGGAGCCAAGUCACACCUGACCUGCAGACUUGACGUUGCUCUCUGGUUUGCCGUUCCUGCACUUCACCCAUUCACUCAAUAAACACAGCCCCAGGCCUAUGGGAGCCUUACGCGGACGUCCUGUUUCCAGCGAAGCUUGCGAGCAGGGGUAUUUUAACGUGAGCGCUUUGUGCCUGCCGGGGGUGGGACGGGACACCACCACUGUGACGGCUGUCUGGACAGGGGUUGGGGCAGCUAAGGCAAACUCUGUUUUUAACUAAUGCAGAAUUUUUAUAAUGAAGGAACCUAGAGACUUUUUUCUACCACAGACCAAAGCUUCCUCUAAGUCAGCCUGGUGGCCUAGUUUCCCAGUAAAGUUGCUGCCACGCGCCCCGCAGUAGACACUAAUGUACGUGCCACCACACUGGCGUCCUGCGUGCACAUGGUACGUGGACGUGUAGACGGUGUAUUAUUAUUUAACUCAAGACGAUCUUAUUAACUAUAAAUAACUAAAUAUUUGCGAAAAAGA